UCUCCUCCCGCUUCUCUCUUCCAAAAAAAAAAAAAAGAAGAAGAAUGAACAAGAGCUUGGGUGAUGGCGGCUCCGCUAGGGUUUCGAUACCGCGUAGUCUCCGAGAAACUGUUCAGAGUAUCAGAGAGAUGACAGGGAAGCAGCACUCGGACGAGGAUAUCUACGCCGUCUAUAAGGAAUCCUUUAAUGAUCCUUUCGAGACCGCCCAGAAGCUCCGCUUUUUAGAUACUUUUCAUGAGGUGAGAAGCAAAAGGGACAAGAAGAAGGAGAAUCUUGUGCCAAUUAACCAAGCGAGUGCCAGAACUGGUCGGAGGAACUUUGCUUCUAGCAACACUUAUCAUGGCAAUGGAAGAAGUUCAUCCUUCAAAAGGGAGAGUGGAUCUAAUCAUGUCACAGGGGGAUCAAGACCUUCUCUUCCUAAUACUAACAACAGAGCAAGAAACCCCACUGUACCUCGUGCGACAAAGGUUCCUGCUCCUACCGGUCUUCCCAGUGGGGUAAGCAAUCAUAAAGUUGAAGAUGAUUUCACUGCCACUGUGAACAAGGGAGUUGCAGAGAAACUUCCUCUUUCCAAGUCUAUUUCUUUCUCCGAGGAUGCUGUUGAGCCAGAGACGUCUAAAGCAAAUUCAGAACAAGUUGCUCCACCUGUAUCAGUGUCUGUUGUACAGAACCAUACACAAGAUGUAAUUUCUGCUCAUAUCCCACAGCCUGAUGUGAAUAACCAGCCAGCAGAACUGCAGUCAUCUACCUUUGGUCGACAGGAUCCUUCUUUGAUUUCUGCUUCUCACUGCAGUAACCAUUCUGAUCAAAUCACCGAAAAUGAGACAGCAUCCAAGAAAGGCAAAGCUCGAUCGCUUCUCAAGUCAGAUGUUGGCGAGCGGUCACACGUUACAUUUCCAUUGCACCUUCAGGUUGCAGAAGAGCUGCAAAAUGGUCUGACGUUUGGCAGUUUUGAUUCUAAUUUUGUGAAAGAGCUAUCUUCUACCUAUGGUGCUAGUGGCGGUGAUGACUCAGAUUUUAAGUCCUCCCACGGGACAGGGGAUGAUGAGAGCGAUUCCUCUCCCACUACCAAUGGCAUUCCUGCGGUUGCUUCUGCUAGAGGAGCGUCAUCCUAUUUUGAAGAUGAUAAUGGGAUUCCAAAUUCAGCACCGGGAGCUGAGCUAGUGAGGCAUUCAAAUCACACUGUCCCAUCUGGAGAAGAUGAACUGAGAGAGGAAGCUUUACCGAACACACAACCUCAUCAAAUUGCUUAUGGUCAAGAAGCCCCAUUCAGCGUGUUUGGUCUUGUUCCCUCGUUUUCAGCAUUGGGCCAACCGGUAAACACCGAAGCAGCUGCGACUCAGCUUGGAAAUUCUAAUGCCCCAGCUAUGUCAUUAGUAUCAAAUCCGCCAGGUCAGAGCUCCAUAGCAGCAGUCUCUCAGCAGGCAACUAAUCUUUUCGGGCAACAAUACCCUCCCAGUUUCUUCCCUUACGGUCCCUAUUACCCACAGUUUUAUAUGCCACCACCAUACAUUCACCAGUUCUUGGGCCCAAAUGGAAUUCCACAGCAGUCUUAUUUUCCACCGGGAGCUGCUAUAGCUGCACCUACCCAUAUAGCACCAGUAGGCGACAAUGAGAACCCUCCUACAACAAACCCAUCCCAACAUGCUUCUUCAACAGUUGUCACUCACAUUCCAUCUGCAACCGCCUUAAACUCUAUCCAUAGUGAAGAAAGGACUUCACCAAUGACUGGAAAUGCAGCUGCGUGGAUUGGGCAGGGGCUUGGGAACCUGCAGAUGAGUCAAAUGUACAACCUAGCCCUGCAAGGUCAGCCACUUGGUUUCCCAGUCGUGCAGGCUGGUCACAGGGGGCUCAUGGGAAUACAGACGUUAACGCCACUGCCACCGUCACUCACCACGACGGCUAUGGCUGAACCCAUAAGACACCCAAACAUUGCCUAUCAGCAACCUCAAGCUGCCGUAACGAAUAGGGUCGAUAACAACUAUUAGGCCAAGGGGGAGCAGCUAUGAAGAUACGCAUCAAACGUGUUAAAGUCUGGAUUUUUGGGUGUAAAUAGGAAACAUCAUCCCCAGAGGAAUUUAGGUUUGACAAGUACAAGAGGGAAGAUGUGCUUUCUAAAGUAGCAAACCUUUUUGCCAUAUUUUUUUGUUGUGACAAUACAUAAAAGAACGUUUGGGAAGAUGAUCCUAUAUUGAUUAGUUACGAGAAACUGAUGAUGCCUCUUUUAUUU